GCCUUGCGCUCCCUCCCUCCGCCCCUCGCUUACAAGACCUAAUGAGCUCCCCCGCGAGGCCAGCAGCGAGCCCGGCCCCGAGCGAGGAGGCUGCGCCGCGCGCGCCGCGCCAGGGCGGGAGCCGGGCCUGGGUCGCGGGCGGGAAUCGGCCAGGGGCGCACCAGCCGCGCGGCGGGCCGCCUGGGAGUCGCGGCGAUGGCGGUGCAGGCGGCGCUCCUCAGCACGCACCCCUUCGUCCCCUUCGGCUUCGGGGGCUCCCCGGACGGGCUGGGGGGCGCCUUCGGAGCCCUGGACAAGGGCUGCUGUUUCGAGGAUGAUGAGACCGGGACACCAGCGGGCGCGCUGCUGGCCGGCGCCGAGGGCGGGGACGUGCGCGAGGCCACCCGCGACCUGCUCAGCUUCAUCGACUCGGCGUCCAGCAACAUCAAGCUGGCAUUGGACAAGCCCGGCAAGUCGAAGCGGAAGGUGAACCACCGCAAGUACCUGCAGAAGCAGAUCAAGCGCUGCAGCGGCCUCAUGGGCGCCGCGCCCCCCGGCCCGCCCUCUCCAGGCGCAGCGGACGCGCCGGCCAAGCGGCCCCCAGCCGCCCCCGGCGCCCAGACCGUCGCGGUCCCGCCCCACGGCAAGGCUGCCCCCCGGCGGGAGGCGUCUCAGGCCGCGGCUGCCGCCAGCCUGCAGAGCCGGAGCCUGGCUGCACUCUUCGACUCGCUGCGCCACGUCCCCGGGGGCGACGAGCGGGCCAGGGGUUCGGUGGCGGCGCCCGUGGCCGGGCUCGGUGGAGCGGGCGCUGGGGGCUCGGGAGGGGACGCGGCCGGCCCCGCGGGAGGUACGGCCGUCCCCGGCGCCAGGAAGGUCCCGUUGCGGGCCCGCAACCUGCCGCCGUCCUUCUUCACCGAGCCGUCCCGGGCGGGAGGCGGUGGCUGCGGACCGUCGGGGCCCGGCGUGAGCUUGGGCGACUUGGAGAAGGGCGCGGAAGCCGUGGAGUUCUUCGAGCUGCUGGGGCCGGACUACGGCGUCGGCACCGAGGCGAGUGUCUUGCUCGCCGCGGAGCCUCUCGAUGUGUUUCCCACGGGAGCCGCCGUCCUGCGGGGCCCCCCGGAGCUGGAGCCCGGUCUCUUUGAGCCGCCACCCGCGAUGGUGGGGAGCCUACUGUACUCCGAGUCCUGGAGCGCCCCGGGCUGCCCCCCGACCAAGAAGCCGCCCCUGGCCGCCCCCCGCGGCGGCUUGACCUUGAACGAGCCCUUGCGCUCCCUGUACCCCUCUGCGGCGGACUCUCCCGGCGGAGAGGACGCGCCCGGCCUUUUGGCGUCUUUCGCCCCCUUCUUCUCAGACUGCGCACUGCCCCCGCCCCCGCCCCCGCCGCCGCAUCAGGUGUCCUAUGAUUACAGCGCGGGCUACAGCCGCACGGCUUACUCCAGCCUCUGGAGACCGGACGGCGUUUGGGAAGGGGCGCCCGGGGAGGAGGGGGCGCACCGGGACUGAGGGAGAGGUACCGUUGCCUGUUUGCGACUGCUGUGGGGAGCUCCCGCCUCCGGGUUUCUCCUAAGCCUGAGAACGAUAGGAAAGUGCACGUGGAGAUGAAACGGGAUUUUAAAAUAUUCAAUUAAUAAAAGAAACUUAAAAAAAAUGAAGAGGAGUUGGGGGGGUUGUUUUAAUCACAGCCUCAAGUGUUAAAAAAACAAAACAAAACAAAACAAAAAAACCCGAAAAAAGCCGUUGGUAGGUUCUUCCUGGACCAGACAAGCAAGAAACCACGCCGGGCUUUGGGGAAUGGGGUGGGGAUGGUGGAAGGGACAAGGGGUGGCUUCUGUAGCCACCUGACCCUUCUACAACUUUUCAGCAAAAGGUCAGUGUGUUCAGUGUAAUUGCCCCAUCCAAACAGUGCGCUGGUUCCUCCCUUUCCUUCCCUUUUGAGUGCAUUAUGAAUUAAAGCCUCUAUUGAAAAGACUGGAGCGAAGAUACGUUAUUGAUUGGGGUGUUUUCUUAGAGGACGGUUUUCGGUAUGGUCUCCUUGCCUUGCGAGGUGAGAGUGGUAUUGAGGACAGGAGGUCAGUGGCCCACUGCUGACCUCCUGUGCGCUGAUCCUUUUGCGUGCGACUCUUCUCUGACACUCAGUGUUCUCUGCUCCCUUCCUCUUCCAUCUCAUAUACUUCUAUUUCUUUCCACUCUCUCCAGUGCUGUUGCUUACUUUCCUUCUCUUUCUAUGGUCUCCUGUUGCUCUCUCUUGAUAUUUUUUUCUGUCAGCUUUUCUUUAUGUAGAAGUUUAAAUUUGGCAAACCUUGGGGUCCAUUUCUCUCCUUUUCCCGUUCUUCAGCCACUUUGCUAAGGUGGCACUGGGCAAGUUACAAUAUCUUUGUAUCUAAAUUUCCUUAUUUGAGAGGAAGGGGAUAAUAUUCCUUCUCUUAUCUCUUCUUUAUAGGUUGUUGGGUAGCUCAGAGGGGAAAUAUAUAAAACUCCUUGGGGCUGCUUCAUUGGUUUUGCAGGUAUCCAUAUUUUAUAUACAUGUAUCAAUAGUUUAUACAGAUGGAAGCCAUUAGGGUUGUGAGUCUCAUGCUCUUUUUUGGCCUAUGCCUGGUGAUUGCCCUUUCCCUUACAAGCUGUAAAUGCUAUCUACCCUUUCUCCCUUCUGUUCCACUCCCCACCCCACACCCCCUUGCUUGGUUUCUGCCUCCCUGUGUGUCCUCACUCCCUAUAUUCACACUCUCCCCGUGGAAGGGAAUGGUGAGGGUAUGAGUUUCCUAAGGAGUCUCUAUUCCCUAAAUAGCAGGGUUGAUGAAUGGAAUUUGAAGGGCCCGGAAGAGUCCGAUCUGUUAUCUGAGAGAGAUUUGGGGGAAAAGUCAGAUAAAUGUUUU